GCUCAGUGCGCUGGUGGCUAACACGUCUGACUCUUUGUGUCGUCUGCAUAUCCACCUGACGUAAGAAGAUCUCAAUGGGAAACAACUCCACUAAGCAAACAGACCGCAAGUCGAAGUCUUGUACAGUUUUAACAGAUCACUGCGAGGCUGAAGUCUGUGAACAGGGUGAAGCAGAGUUACCCGGCCGUCUGGUCAGUUGCACAAAAAACCCAGGGCACGCAGACUUUUUGUCUGUCGCAGACUUCUCCAGCUCUCACCUGCCGGAAGUUUACCAAAACAGCAGACUGCAUGACGUCAUCGAUGCUCUAGCCGGCAUAACGGCGUUGAUCAAGGUGUACUACACAAGUCUAGCUCGACCUGAGUUCCACCCUAGUACCAACAGCCCUUACCCCUGCUAUCAUUAUAGAGGAAGUGACGUACUCCGCACCGGCACCGCCAGGUUAAGCCAAGUCCAAAAGUUCGCCAGUGUCAAAUACAGACAUCCCUGUCGCUGCCACAAGUGCCAACGGUCGACCCACCCGAGCAGAACUUGGGGGACGGUCGAAUUUUUCACGGCGACACAUAUCGUGUUUGACAGCACGGAAGCGUGUCGGGCGACGUGUGUUCUAGGUUACGACACACCCGACAGUACCCUGACCUACAUUGACGGCUGGAGGGUGAGCACGGCAGACGUGAAGGACGACUGGUGCGUGUUGACGUGCGUCACGUGCGACACGAAGCUGCUGGAGCGCCUCCAAGAGCUGAAGAGUCAGUUCAACCAGCUGUGUUGGCGCGAGCAGGGCAGCUUGAAGAGUUUGGAGGAGGAGAGGAAACUAACCAUCAUCGUCUCCCAUCCUCACGGCGGGCCCAAGCGUAUUUCUCUUGGGAGACAGACACAAAGAUUGGUUCAGUACAACGGCGGGCAUAAGUGUACCAAGUACACGUACACUACUGGCACAUGCCCGGGCAGCAGUGGUGCCCCGGUGUACACAGCGGGGGAGGAGAGGUUUAUGUACCCGCUAGCCCACAGUGGGGCGGGGCCUGGUGGGAACUAUAGUGGGAACAAGAGGGAACCCUCAGGGCAGUAGGGCAGUGGUGGAGUGGUAGGUGUGGGGUGGUAGA